ACAAAACGUCGAACAGCGUAGAAUCCCCCGAAGAAGAAGCGUGGUCCGACCAGCAGCAUGAUGGGAUAUGAGAGUCCUCCGGCGGCGCGCUGCCGCCAUGUCACGUAGAGAGAAACAUUUAGCUCUUCUUUCUGCGUUAGGCUUCCUCUCUGUGGCUCUUUAUUACGUCCCCACCUUCCUGUACGCGGCUGUAAUCCUCGCAGUCUGUUGUGUUGUGUGCUACUAUCACAGCGGAGAACCGCUUCCCGCCAGGUUAGGCCUCAAUCCGCGGGCUCGGUUUAACGUCCCCGCCGCGCUCCGGCGCUGGUUGCGGGGUCGGAGGGUCGCCGGCGGGUCGGUCGCUGCUGCUGCCCCGCGCAGGACAACGAAGAGCGGCGGGAGCAAAACCGAGCACCGGGAGACGGAGGGACACUUCAGAGAAAGGUUCCCCGAAACUGGGAUCUAUCGGAGGGAGACCUUAACAAGUGACUCGUUUCUUUUCAGCCCCCGGGAUUUCCUCAUGGGGAGCUACAUCGGGAAACCCGAGAGUCCGGCGGCCGACUCCGGGAGGCCGAGGGCGGCGAGGAACCCGCGGGAGCAGCUGCGGGAGAGGCUGUCCAGACCCAACCAUGCUGUCUACACCCCGAACCGGAGGCUGUCGUUUACCGGGGAGCCGUUGCGCGGCCCGCGCCAAGGUUCACCCAUCACCCCCCCAGCCGUCUACCCCCUGCAGCACCGGGGUGUCCUCAGUGGGAGUCCUGUCCCGUCAGUGGACGGCUUCAGGAAGAAAACAUCCUCAGCCCCCGACAACUCCCCCGCCGCACUCAGCCCGGUCACCGUUGAAGAUCGCAGAACCCGACAUCACAGCACCCCAGUUCGGACCCAUCUGAGUUGCGCAGGGCUCCCUCAGGGCCCCGGGACCCCGCUGCUCCAGAGGAAAGUGUCUCCAAGGUUGUUUGAAGGGAAAGUUCGCAAGAGAGAAGUGGAGGAUGAGGACGAAGCUCACAGCUGA